CUUCGUUCACUUCUCAUUUCAGGAUGUCCGCCAACUACAAGUUCACAUUGUUUGCGCUGCAACAGCGAGGGCUGUAUCAAGUGUCCCGCUUAUUUGAUGACCGAUACCCGGCAAUGUGUCGAGCAAUGCCCUUCCGGAUACAUCGAUCAAUGGUCGGCGCAUACCGAAUUUAUGGGACGUGUUUGCGUAUCCACCGGCUACUCUGGCCCAUUCAUGGCCGCCAUAGCUGGUCUUAUCGGCGGCUUUGUGGUCUGUUUCACACUACUUGCUGUCGCCAUGAUGUUAGUACGACGACGCCGACGACGAAAAUCCAUAAAACAGAAACUGAUCAACGAGAAUACAAUGGAUCGCUCAGAUUUUCUACGUCAACUCAACGAAAUGCGGCCCAACGCAGAGUACUUUCUAUCAAUGCUAAACGAUACGAGGCGCCAGAUACGCAAGCUGUAUUUGUCGGGCGAAGUAGGUGCUGCCAAUUCCUAUCGCCCAAUUGUGCGUGAUCUGGCUAAAAUAUUAAUAUUGCUCAAUAGACCAAUUGAGUUGAUACCAGCUGCACCGCACGACUGGAAUCGCUUGUAUACAUGGGCUGAACAGGCACUCGAACGUUAUAAACCGCAAGUAGGUCAUCUCAUUGACUUCUUUCAACCCUCCGGUGUCAAUGGGGUGGGAAUUGGAGGACGCGGCAGCGGUAGUGUCGGCAUAAAUGAUGACUUUGAUGCAACUUUCUUCCCACAGAAAACCAACGUCUACCGGCAAAGCAUGCUUUCGGGAUCGGGACCUCAAAAGAUGCAUAUGUUCGGAUCGCUCAUUAGUCUGCACGAAUUCGAAGAGCCCCGACCUUCGGAUCCAUUCGGCAGCAGCUUCAAUACGCUAAAGAGCGGUAAUCUCAUAUCGGAUCUCAAUGCAAGUUCGUUGUGGCUUGAAGAUGAAUUCUACAAAUUGGGCUUUCGACCGCAGGAUGAAAUAACGACUGAGUUAUAAUGUAUAGUUUGCGUUAAUUAGUUGCACUAACUAAUCCUGUCUACCAUGUAAAAUUUUGUUGUGUAUGUUUUUUUAAGUGAAUCAUGAAAUGGUUUAUGCUUUAGUUUUAACUUAAAUGUAGGAUUAUUUUAUGUGAAAUAGCUUUUGUUUUAGUUUAUCUAUUUAAUGUGUAUAAUUUUAAAUAAAAGUAUUAUUUUUGUUUUGUUGAAACGUAAAACCGCAAAAAACUCACAAAACAGGUACUAUCUAUAUGUAUACAUACAAAUGCAAAUGUCGCCGUUAUCAAUACAAUAUAAGUCUUGAAAACUUUGUUUUUUUAAUUAUCAACUUAUGUGCUAAUUCAAAGCCAUAUCUUAAAAAAUACUAGAUUUAGACCAACUCCAAAAGCGUUUGCUGUGCUUCGGCGAAAUUAAAAUUGAUCAUGUGACGGCGAUAUUAAGAAUGAAAAAUAUUUACAAUGAAUUUUUAUAAGUUACAAAAAGCACGUAACGCACACCGUCUUCAAAAG